AGUUCUAUGUCGAAAACAGACAGAGACACAGAGAGAUAAUAUAAUGGAUGUAAAACUCAGCCGAUUGUUUUAACGCAGUGUAUUGUGUUUAUGUCAUUAUACUGUUAAACAAAUAACUACUCACAAUAAUUGUUGUCAUUGUUCUCCACGCCUUCCCCUCCCUCGGUCUAUUCUAUGCAGAAUAAUAAACCGAUAAAGACAAUAAAUCAUGAACAAGCGGAUACCCUAGAGGAUAUUAGUGAUCAGCUGACGUAUUAUUCAGUACCAGCUGUUAAACGAUCAAUAGAAAAUGAUCAAAAUCUAUAUGAUAUCGCUAUUAUACCUAAGCUGCAACAACAACAACAACAACGAAUUAAGCUGCAAACAAACACUUUCGAGUCGAAUAGUCGAUGUUAUUCUUCCCUGUGUGAUGAUGCUGCUUCAGAUUCGGACGGGCUGUAUGCAAGUGUUAAUCAACCGCCACCAUCUGUUCCCCCACCACCACUACCUCUACCUCUUCCUCCAGCUCCUCCGCCUCAUCAUCAAACUGCACAAUCCACUACUUCAUCUGUCAUUGUUACUGCUCCGAAUAGCAGUAGUACUCUGCGAAGAGAUUUACAAAAUACCAAAGUUAAUAGUAAUACUCAAAGAAGAUAUGAAAUUUGUCAAUCACCUUAUUACUCACAAUUAAAUGAUGAUUGUGAUGUGAGCAAUGAGAAUAGUAAAAAUAAUAUUAAAAACAAUAAUAAUAAUAGCAGUGGUAAAGGUAACCCGUAUGGCGAGUUAAUCAUUACUACUAAUACUACUGCUAUUACUCCUGUUGCUAUGACAACGAAGCCGACAACAACAACAGGAGUAGCAACAACUAUGACUGUAACUACACUUCCUACAGAUAUUUCAAAUAUGCCGCCAAGCUGUGGUGAUGGUUGUGCUGGUGUAAAUAACAAUUUUCCUUGUGAAUGUCAUUCAGGAAAACAACAAGCAACUUCUCAAAUGCCUGGAAAUCAUGGAGAUUGCUGUGUAUGCUCUUGUACAACUCUCUCUAGUCAUUUGUAUGCUCAGGUUUUACCGCGCAAAAGAUCUGUUACUGAUCCUGAGACUAUGUCUAAUUAUACUAUUUAUAGUUCCAAUUAUAUACAAAGUUUUGUUACCAAAACUCUCUCUAAAACCUGUGUAACUUGUAUGGCUUAUUCUGAAGAACUCAACUCGGACUUGAAGAAUAUUUUUAAGUUUUACAAACUUUUAGACUAUACACAAGAUGUAUGUAUGCAGAUAUGCGUAUAUGCCGAAUCAGUUUUAAAGACACUAUGUGUGGAGAAUCCUUUUAAUGAUCGUCAUCAUGAUAUAUGUACAGUGCAGCAUUUGCCUAACGAAGAUUUUUUUAUAUUUAAGAAUUUUUUAAGUGAGAAUGAAAUAGACGCUUUGUUACUAGCUGCAUUAACUGAAUGGUGUUAUCUACCGUCAGCAGAGAAUAAUUUAAGCACCACCGCAGAUGUGAUAACAAACAGUAAAAAAAUAUCUCCUAGUAAUCCAUGGUAUUGUAAACUACGUUGGAUAACAUUAGGAUAUCAUUACCAAUGGAGUGAUAGGGUUUACGAUGAAUCCAAAGUUGGAGAGUUCCCCUUAUUGUUGAAUGAAAUCACUGUGCAUGUGGUGAAUUUUCUUCGUCUUCUCAUAGAAACUGGCAGUAUUUCUUCAAACAACUCCACUCGUUUACUUGAAAAAUGUCAAAAUUAUAAACCGGAGGCUUCCAUAGUAAAUUAUUAUCGGACAAAAACAACUAUGGGCUUUCAUUCUGAUGAUGCAGAGCUGGACAAAGAAGCUCCUUUGGUUUCGAUAAGCAUUGGACCUACUGCACUAUUCUUACUGGAGACUUCAAAACCUAUUGACUGCCAACAUAGUCCUGUACAUGAAUUCACUGGUUCCAAUACCAUAUUCCCCGUGUUCCUUCAACACGGUGAUAUAGUAAUUAUGGCUGGUAAAAGUCGUUUAGCUCGUCAUGCUGUUCCCAAUAUUUUCUUCAACGAUAUUCCUAAUGUUGUAUUAGAAACAGCUCAACGUGUCAGUCACAAGAUUUGCGAAAGUGUUGUACACGAGAAAGGCAAUGAUUCAUGUUUACACUGUCAAGAGUUUCUACAGUACGCGGCAUCUACACGAAUCAAUAUGAAUGUACGUCAAGUGAUGCCUGUAAAUGAAUAA